ACGAUGAAAAAAAUGGAACUACACCUAAGCCGAAUAAGAAAAAAUCAAAGAGUGAUAAAGUUGGUGCACGAAAAUUAGACGUCAAAAACAAACAGGACAUGAAUAUAAAUGUUAACCUAAUCGUCCCUAAUCCCCAACUUCUUCUAAAUAAGAAUGGAAAACCCUUAGUGGAAUUAAAUGCUAACCAAGGAAUCACUUCAAACGCCGAGUUAAUAUCUAAAGGAAGUGGGACAAAUCCAAAUGAGCACGGUGGAUGGGGGUCAAAUCCUAAUGGAGGAGGGUCAAAUCCGAGUGGGCAAGGUUGGGGAUCAAACCUGAAUGGAGGAGGAUCAAAUCCGAGUGGGCAAGGUUGGGGAUCAAACCCGAAUGGAGGAGGAUCAAAUCCGAGUGGUCAAGGUGGAUGGGGAUCAAAUCCGAAUGGCCCAGGUGGAGAAUCAAAUUCAAGUGGGCAAGGAGGAGGAUCAAAUCCGAGUGGGCAAGGCUGGGGAUCAAAUCCAAAUGGAGGAGGAUCAAAUCCGAGUGGGCAAAGUGGAUGGGGAUCAAAUCCGAAUGGAGGAGGAUCAAAUCCGAAUGGACAAGUUAGCUGGGGAUCAAAGCCGAAUGGAGGAAGAUCAGAUCCGAGUGGGCAAAGUGGAUGGGGAUCAAAUCCGAAUGGAGGAGGAUCAAAUCCGAAUGGACAAGUUAGCUGGGGAUCAAAGCCGAAUGGAGGAGGAUCAGAUCCGAGUGGGCAAAGUGGAUGGGGAUCAAAUCCGAAUGGAGGAGGAUCAAAUCUGAGUGGGCAAAGUGGCUGGGGAUCAAUUCCGAAUGGAGGAUCAAAUUCGACUGGACAAGGUGGAUGGGGAUCAAAUCCGAAUGGAGAAGGCUCAAAUCCGAGUGGACAAAGUGGAUGGGGAUCAGAUCCGAAUGGAGGAGGAUCAAAUUCGACUGGUGGAUGGGGAUCAAAUCCGAAUGGAGAAGGAUCAAAUCCAAAUGGGCAAGGUGGAUGGGGAUCAAAUCCGAAUGGAGGAGGAUCAAAUCCGAGCGGGAAAAGUGGCUGGGGAUCAAAUCCGAAUGGAGGAGGAUCAAAUCCGAGUGGGCAAGGUGGAUGGGGAUCAAAUCCGAAUGAAGGAGGAUCAAAUCUGAGUGGGCAAAGUGGAUGGGGAACAAAUCCGAAUGGAGAAGGAUCAAAUCCGAGUGGGCAAAGUGGCUGGGGAUCAAAUCCGAAUGGAGGAGGAUCAAAUCCGAGUGGGCAAGGUGGAUGGGGGUCAAAUCCGAAUGGCGGAGAAUCAAAUCCGAGUGGUCAAGGAGGCGGAUCAAAUCCGAGUGGUCAAGGAGGUGAUUCAAAUCCGAAUGGACAAGGCGUCAAUGAUCAUAUUUGUCUAAUGUUAUUCGGACGAAGAAAGUGUAAACUACCCCAUAAGCGUGUGGAAGUAGUCCCUAAGCCGACACCGCAAAAAAAGUGUAAAAAAGUAGGUGGACUAUUAAUCUGUGAACCAACAAAUGGAGUUGAAAAUGGGCAUAAUGGCCCAUUGAGGAAGAAAACAAACUGUACAAUUUUGAAUGGAAAAAAAGUUUGUGUAAAAAUUCCUGACAUUGAAGAUAGCAACAACAAAACAGGAAAAAAACACUGUGCAAUUGUAAAUGGAAAAAGACGCUGUAGCCCAGAUGAAGGAUUAGAGCACAGUUCUGAUUCUGAUUCCAAUCAAAGAAAAAAGAAAAAAUGUACACGGGGCCCCAAAAAAUCGUUGUUCCAGUAAAAUAAAAUGUA